GGAUCAGAGCAGAAAAAGGAAGAGACCAACAACACAGACAAAGCGAAGGAGGCAAAGCCUGCCGACGCUGAAAACAAGAAGGAUGAUGACAAGAAGGAAGAGAAGCCUAAAGAGGCCGACAAGAAGCCGGAUGACAAGAAAAGCGAUGCUGAGGUGAAGACGGAAAAGAGCGGAGACAAUGCUGAGAAGAAGGAUGAGAAGAAGGAAGAGAAGAAGGAGGAGAAAAAAGAGGAGAAGAAGGAAGACAAAGACGACAAGGGUGCUGGUGACAAGCCGAAGGAGGACAAAUCAGAAGGCAAGGGUGCCGAAAAGAAGGAGGACAAACAGGACGAGAAAAAGGAAGACAGCAAGGCACCGAAGGAGGAGAAAAAGGAGGAUAAGAAGGACGAUAAGAAGGAGGAUAAGAAAGAGGAUAAGAAAGAGGACAAGAAGGAAGAGAACAAAGAAGAGAACAAAGAAGAGAAGAAAGAGGAGAAAAACGAGGAGAAGAAGGAUGACAAGAAGGAAGACAAAAAGGAGGAGAAAAAGGAGGAUGAGAAGAAGGAGAAAGACGGAAAGAAGGAGGAGAAACCCGAGCCAAAAAAGGAAGACAAGAAGCCUGAGGCCAAGGCGGAUGAUAAGAAAGAAGAGAAGAAAGAGAAGGACUCCAAGGAUGAGGCCCCACCUCGACCACCGCCUGGUCCCGUUGAGGACCCGGGCGGCCAGCGCUUAAGCAGGCACGUGGCUUCCAUAGCAAGCCAGGAUGGGGGAGAAGCUGCACUGAAAGGAAUCCGCGAAUUCUUUGGCAGCCGGGAGGCUGAGCUGGAGAAAGCGCUAGAAGCACAGAAGAAGAGGCAAGAAAGGAUGAUAGCAGAAAUGGAGCGCCAAACGGAAGAGAUUCAGAAGAAGAUGGAGGCGCAGCUUCAAGAAGAAGUCCGCGUUGGCACUGAGCUACGAGAGCGGAUUGAAGCGCUGCAGGAAACCUACACCAGCGUCAGUGACCAGCUGGAAAUGUCCCAGAUUUCCAACGAGAAGCUGCAGGUUGAUCGGGACGAGCUCCGCCAGGAUGUGCAGAAGCUUGAAGAGAUGCUUAAGGAAGAAAAAGAUAGGAAUGAACAGCAGAAAAAGGAGGCCGAAGAAGCAGCAAAAAAGAAGGAGGAAGAGCUUGCGAAGCUAGAAGAAAAGAAGAAAGAGCUCACGGUCACCGUGAGGGAGCUCGACAAGCAGAUGCAGGCAGAGCGCGAAGCGGCAACGAAGAAGGAAGAGAAAAUCCGCACCGAGCUGACCGACACUCGAGAAGCGCUCACCUCUUCAAGGAAUGAGACCAGCCGAGUGAUCAGCGACUUGAAGACGGCUCGAAUGGAGAAUGCUGCCUUGAACGAGAAGGUACGCAGUGUUGAAGAAAGCCUCGCAGCAUCAAAAGAACAGCAGGAGUUGCUGAACGCCAAGCUCAAAGAGGUCAUGGAAGAAGGCGCAAGACUGCAGAAGGAAACUGACACGUUGAGAGAGGCCGCCAAGGAAGCAGCAGGACGUGAGAAGAACUAUUACGAGAUGAUGAAGAAAUUUGCGGCGAGGAGCAAGGAGCUAGAAGAGCGGCUUCCGGUCAUGGAGGAGGAGAACAAGCGCCUGCUUGAGAGGAUAAGUCAGCUGGAGGUGGUGGCUGAAAAUGAAAAGAAGCUCUCCAAACAGCUGGAGGUGUCCACAAGCGAAAAUGAGGAGCUUGCCAAAGAGCUUCAAAGCCUCGAAGCAAGCUUGAAGGGAAAGGAGAAAGACAUCGAAAAAUUGAACGUGGAUUUGGAGACCUCCAAUAAAGAGAAGCAAUUCAUCACGAAGAAGUCGGAAGAGUUCAAGCAGCAUGCUGAGAAGAAGUUCCGACAAGCCGAAGAUAAGAUCUGGGCAACUACUGAGAAGGUUGUGCAGGCAAAGGCUGAGACAAAGUAUGCGCUCAAAGCAGCUGAGAAAGCAAAGCAGGACGCUGCAGAAGAGAGAAAGGAGAUGGCCAAGGCUGCAGAGAAAGCGCGCCAAAGAGCCGAAGAGCGGGUGCGCGCGGAAGCAGAAAAGGCAGCCAAAGCUCAGUCCGCUGCAGAACAGGCUGCCGCGGACAGAGAGAAGGCCUUGAAAUCGGCCCAGGAAACAAAAAAGAAAGCUGAGGCUGAUAAAGUAGCAGCCAUCGAAAAGGCCAAUGCGGCACGGAAAGCAGCCGAAGAGCAGGCUAAAAAGGAUGCCGCAGAGGCAUCCAAGGCAAAGAAGGCUGCAGAAGACGCGAAGGCAGACAAGAAGUAUGCUCUCGCAGAUGCUGCUGAGGCAAAGAAAGCGGCUGAAAAAGCCACACAGGAAGCCAUAAGGGCUGCUGAUGAGGCCAUAGCAGCUGCUGACGAGAGAGUCAAGGAACAGACUGCUGCUGCCGACGCGGCCUCUAAGGCCCAGAAGGCGGCCGAGGUUGCCAAGGCAGAUGCCUUGGAGGAAGCCCUGCAAGCACGGCGAGUGGCCGAAGAGGCAAAGCUCGCCGAGCACGAGGCACUCUCUGAGAUGAGGGAGCUGACGCAGAAGCAGGCCAUGGAUCUGCAGUCCAAGGCAGAAGCUGCAAAGGCAGCUGUAGAGGAGGCGCAGGCUGCGCAGGCCAAGCUCAUGGAACAGGCUGAGAAGGCCCGCAAGGCUGCCGAGGAGAAAGAAAGGCUUGCGACCGACCUAAAGACGUCCAGUGGUGCCUCCCGGUGA